AUGGCCAAAAGAAAGCUCGAGCGUAUUUCAAAGUCUCCGACUCCCACAAGUGAUCGUCGACUAGAAAAAACUUCUGAUGGUCGUUUGGAGAAAAAUACUGAACGUGGUUCGGAAAAAACUGAUGAACGUCGUAUUGGAAAAAAAAAUCAACGGCCUGUUGGGCCUGCUUCUUCUAUAGAAAAUGCUGAUCCUGCAAAUGCUGAUCCUGCAAACGCUGAUCCUGCAAGUGCUGAUCCUGCGAAUGCUGACAAUCCUGAUGGUGCUCCUGCAAAUGCUGAUAAUCCUGAUGGUGCUCCUGCAAAUGCUGACAAUCCUGAUGGUGCUCCUGCAAAUGCUGACAAACCUGAUAGUGCUCCUGCAGGGGAUGGUGCGCCAGGUUCUAGUGCACCAACCAAACCGGAAGAAUACAUUGUUGAGAAAGUGAUGAACAAACGAUUUGUUAAUGGUUCAAUAGAGUAUCUGCUGAAAUGGAAGGGAUACAGCAUUGGAGAAUCCACUUGGGAGCCACUGGACUUCAUAAAUGCGUUAGAACUCAUAGAAGAGUAUGAGGAAAGAGUCAAGCACAAGACUGACCUUCCGAAUUAUGUCAUCACCAAUGAACGAGAUGUCACUAUGGUAGUUGGAAUCUCUCGUGUUAUUGGUCGGCUUGAAUUUGUAGUUAAGUACAGAGAUGGAACAGCUCUUCUUGUUCCAGCUAGGUUUGCUAACGUUAGAUAUCCGCUGCGUGUCAUCGAGUUCUACGAAAGAAAUUUGAAAAUGAUACCAAAUAUCAAAGUUCUUCGGGAAGCUGCAAAACGUCGUGCUGCCAAGAUGAGAAAAAAUUAG